AUGAGUUCCGACGACGAUUUCGAGAUUGAGGUGCCCGACUUGGCGGCGGAUGAUCCUAUGAGGGCAUUCCUACCUACGUCUUUUGGGAAGAAGUCGAAAGAAGCCGAUAUCGCCGCCCAAAUCGACAGGAGUCGCAGGACAGUGACCAGCAAAGCCCCGGAAGUCAGUGGCGGACAAUCCCAGGAACACAGGAAGAAGAACGAUUCGAGCGACGAUUCCGACAGCGACGACAGCGACGAUUCUGAUGACGAAGAUGAAUUUCCCGUAUCGCACGAACUUGUUCUCAAAACUCACGACCGCGCUGUGACUACGGUUUCGCUCGACCCUGCAGGAGGGCGCUUAGCAACUGCUUCCACAGAUUGCACAGUCAAACUUCACGAUUUCGCCUCCAUGACUCCUACUACUUUGAGAGCCUUUCGCUCAGUCGACCCAUAUGAACAAAAAGCGGCCUCUGCAAACUCCGAAUCGCACCCCGUCCAUCGAAUCGAAUUCAACCCACACGCUGGAGGAGUUUUCCUCUGCGUCUCAGCGCACCCCCAAGCAAAGAUCUUGUCUCGGGAUGGCGAUAUUGUUACAGAAUUCGUCAAGGGAGACAUGUAUCUUCGUGAUAUGAACAAUACCAAGGGCCACAUUUCCGAGAUCACAACUGGAACAUGGCAUCCCACUGACAAGAAUCUAUGCGUUACCGCCGGUACCGAUAGCACGUUAAGAAUCUGGGACAUCAACAACAAGCGAUCGCAGAAGGAUGUUGUUGUUUUCAAAUCCAAGGCUGCUGGGUCCGCAGGUCGCACCAAGAUGACUGCAGUCGCAUGGGGAUCUUCAGCCCAGGGAGGUAGCAACGUGCUUGUCGCUUCAGCUCUUGAUGGCUCGCUGGUUAUGUAUAGCGGCAACAGUCCUUUCUCACGUCCUGCAGGAGAGAUCCGCGAUGCUCAUAAGCCUCAGACUUGGACCAGCGGUAUCGAUAUAUCAUCCGACGGUCGUAUGGUGGUUACCAGGGGAGGCGACGAUUUGAUCAAACUAUGGGACACCCGCAAGUUUACCAAGCCUCUCGUCACUGUAUCUCAUACAUCAACUUCGGACCACUACUCAACAAGCAAUAUUAAAUAUGCGCCAAACUCGACCAGCAUCAUCACAGGCUCCAUUACAGGCCACCUUCAUAUCCUGAACCCCGGCAAUUUGCGCGCGGAACAUGUUACUCCAAUAACGCCUGGAUCGCCGCUUAUCACAGUUGAUUGGCACCCGAAGAUUAAUCAGAUUAUCACAGGUUCAGCUAACGCCGAAACUCACGUUUUGUACAACCCACAGAUGUCGAGCAAAGGAGCUGUAGAUGUCAUGUCGCGAGCACCAAAGAAACGCCACAUCGACGAUAACCCUGAGUUAACGAUGGAUCAGUCGGUCGGUGUAUCUGGAGAUGCUAUUAUGGUACCAGGCGCCACAGCAGGUUCGAGAAAAUCUGGCGUUACUGUAUCUGGCCGAUCGAAGGAUCCUCGACGCCCGCACAUCCCCCAGCAGACCCCUAUGGAAAAGAACGCACCGGACGAGAAGGCUAUCGCAGAGAACAUUCCUCUUGCGCGCAUGCUGCACGAGGACCCUCGAGAAGCUUUGCUGAAGUAUGCAGACAAGGCGCAGAGUAACCCGAUGUUUACCAAAGCCUGGGCCCAAAAUCAACCCGAAACCCAAUACGCGGACCUCAGCGAUGAGGAAGACGGCCCUGACAAGAAGAGGCUCAAGAGGUGA